ACACGAUGGCGAUUGGCUGCAGUGCGCGGAGGCGCCUCGCCCAUUGGCUCGGGGCAGCGUCCGUCCGGAUCGGGCGGUGCCGCCGCCAUGGUUCGGUUCAAGAACAGGUACGUGCUGUGCGAGGUGGUGUCGGAGGACCCGCAGUGCCGGCAGUGCAUCGAGGACCGCGCGGUGGGCCUCGCCGUGAGGGACGCCAUCGGGAGGGUGCACGGGGACUUCGGGCUGGCGUGCUGCUCCAUCUCCUUCACAGUGAAGUACCUGAACGCCUACACCGGGACCGUGCUGCUGCGCUGCCGCAAGGACUCGUACCGGCUGCUCUGCUCCGCGCUCCCCUUCGUGAGGCAGCUGGAGAGCCGGAACCAGCGCUACCCCUGCUUCCUCAACACGCUGCACGUCGGAGGUACCAUAAGAACAUGUCAGAAAUUCCUAAUUGAGUAUAACAGGAGACAGCUGCUGAUGUUGCUGCAAAACUGUACAAAUGAAGAGGAAAGACGGUGUGUACAGAAGUCCCUGUUGAGCUGUUCCCUUACAGAAGAGCAGUAUCUAAGUGGAAAUGAAGAUGAUGAUGAUGAUGGCACAGAGACAGACUGAACAUUACUGGUUACUGUUCACCUCUGUCCUGUACUUGUGUAAUCACGUUAUCCUCAGUGUUAAGCAAAGGACAGAAAAGGCAUCUGUUCUUAUUCAGACUUCAUUCUCCUGUUCCAAGUGGUUUUAAAUAAAUUAAAAUACAGUUUUUACUUAA